UCUUUGGGUUUGCUAUUGUUUUCCCCAUGCACCACCAUUUCCUGCCUACCCGCAUCUCUGAACUGCUCUUGAAGAUCCUAGCAAGAGCCUGGAGGUGUGAAGGACUGCUUCCCCCACAUCCCAGGAUACUGGGUAUGAUAGUAGCAGUGGGAAAUGACAUAACUGUUCGAUUUCUACUAAACUGCAGUUUGAAAAGCUGUGAGCAACAGAGGAAUUGGAUUGAUUUACUGUCUCCAGAAAAUUUACAGAAGAACUGGCUUCGGGAAUUUUAUCAGAUUGUACAUACACACAAGCCACAUUUUAUGGCUUUACACUGUCAAGAAUUUGGUGGAAAAAACUAUGAAGCUUCCAUGUCGCAUGUGGACAAGUUUGUUAAAGAAUUGUUAUCGAGUGAUGCAAUGAAAGACUAUAACAGAGCUCGGGUGUACUUAGAUGAGAACUACAAGUCACAAGAACAUUUUACGGCUCUAGGAAGUUUUUACUUCCUUCAUGAAUCCUUGAAAAACAUCUACCAGUUUGAUUUUAAAGCCAAGAAGUAUAAAAAGGUUACUGGCAAAGAAAUCUACUCAGAUACAUUAGAAAGCACUCCCAUGCUGGAAAAAGAGAAGUUUCCACAGGAUUAUUUCCCUGAGUGUAAAUGGUCCAGAAAAGGCUUCAUUCGAACAAGAUGGUGUAUUACUGAUUGUGCCUUUGACUUGGUAAACAUUCAUCUUUUCCAUGAUGCUUCCAACUUAAUUGCUUGGGAAACAAGCCCAUCGGUUUACUCAGGAAUACGACAUAAGGCUCUUGGUUAUGUACUUGAUAGAAUUAGAGAUCAGCGGUUUGAGAAGGUUUCAUAUUUUGUCUUUGGAGAUUUCAACUUCCGACUGGAUUCCAAAUCAGUAGUAGAGACACUUUGUACAAAGUCUACAAUGCAGACUAUCCGAGCAGCUGACACAAAUGAAGUAGUCAAGCUAAUAUUCCGUGAAUCUGAUAAUGACCGAAAGGUUAUGUUACAGUUAGAAAAGAAGCUCUUUGACUAUUUUAAUCAAGAUGUCUUUAGAGACAACAAUGGCACUGCGCUUUUAGAAUUUGACAAAGAGCUGUCAGUCUUUAAAGACAGAUUGUAUGAACUGGACAUCUCAUUUCCACCCAGUUAUCCAUACAGUGAAGAUUGUAGCCAGGGAAAGCAGUACAUGAAUACUAGAUGUCCAGCUUGGUGUGAUAGAAUUCUGAUGUCACAUUCAGCCAAGGAACUGAUUCUAAAAUCGGAAAAUGAUGAGAAGAUAGUGAUUUAUGAUCAUAUUGGGCCAAAUGUCUGCAUGGGGGAUCACAAGCCUGUGUUCCUGUCCUUUCGAAUAGCUGCUGGGGCAGGUAAACCUAUUGCAAAUGUGCACAAGUGUUGUGUCGUGCAGUGAUGUGGUGGAAAAAGAUGCCCUCGAAAUGAGAAGAUCUUUCGUGAAACCACCCUGUAGCACGGAAGAGGAAAGAAUAAGCAGUAUAUUGAAAUGCAUAAUCCUAACAGCUGUAUUGAUAAAUCAAGUCUUGAGUGCCACAUUUUU